AUGCAGGACCCAGCCCGUGUUGACACGCACCCACCACGUGCUUGGUGGGUGCGUGUUAAAGCACCAGUUCAAGCACCAGCACCAGCCCACAGCACCAGUUCAAGCACCAGCAACAGCCCACAGCACCAGCACCAGCCCACAGCACCAGUUCAAGCACCAGCAACAGCCCACAGCACCAGCACCAGCCCACAGCACCAGUUCAAGCACCAGCAACAGCCCACAGCACCAGCACCAGCCCACAGCACCAGUUCAAGCACCAGCAACAGCCCACAGCACCAGCACCAGCCCACAGCACCAGUUCAAGCAUCAGCACCAGCCCACAUCACCAGUUCAACCGGACGCGGUAAACAUCAACAGCAUCACCCAGAAUACACAACACAGGCGGCGACGACAGUGUUCCCGUUCAACAUGCAGCAACUCAACUAA